ACUGUCGUGCAAGACAUUCGGUAGGGUGCUUUCUUGACCCUCACUUCACUCAUCACAGCCCUUCCUUCCAACCAUCCAUCCAUCCACCCUUUCGUUAACCCCAAUCCACACAAUGGCCGACUACGAUUGGGCCACCAAUGAAAAGGGCGUUGCCCAGGUCGUCGAGGUCGACCCCACCAAGAUCGAGGAGGAGACGCAGCGCAGAGGCAGCGGCGUGCUCGACAACAUCCCCGAAGACGUCCGCCGCGGCUCCAUCAGCAAGAUCUUCCAGCUCGUCGCCGAAGACCACCAGCAUGAGAUCAAGUACCGCAGCAUGUCCUGGACCAAGGUCGCCUGGCUGCUCGCCGGCGACCAGGUGUGCCUCGCCAUCAUGGCCCAGACCUGGUCCCUCUCCGUCCUCGGCUGGGUCCCUGGCAUCCUCACCAUGCUCGGCGCCGGCAUCCUCUUCUGGAUCACGUCCAUGACCAUGCACCGCUUCAUCAUGAAGUACCCGCAAAUCAAGGACAUCUGCGACUUUGCCUACUACGCCUGCGGCCACUCGCGCAUCGCCUACGAGUUCGCCGGCAUCAUGCUGCUCCUCAACAACAUCAUGCUCAUCGGCUUCCACGUCUGGACGGGCGCGCGCAUCAUCAACACCCUCUCCAACCACUCCCUCUGCACCGUCGUCUUCUCCGUCAUCGUCACCCUGAUCGGCAUCAUCCUCUCCACCGCCCGCACCCUCAAGCACGUCUCCUUCAUGUCCAUGUUCUCAAGCUGCUUCAUGGGCCUCGCCAUCCUGCUCUUCCUCGUCUUCGUCGGCAUCGAGAAGCACCCCGGCUACGGGUACAGCGGCUACUUCCCCACCGCCGGCGCCACCGUCACCACCCUCGUCGUCCCGGCCAAGGGCACCGGCUUCGUCGCCUGCAUGAACGCCGUCCUCAACAUCACCUUCCUCUGGGUCCCCCAGAUCCUCUUCCCCACCUUCAUCUCCGAGAUGGAGCGCCCCCAGGACUUCCCCAAGUCCCUCGCCGUCCUCGCCGCCAUGUCCGCCUUCCUCUUCAUCGUCCCGCCCGCCAUCGGCUACCACUACCUCGGCCAGUACUCUACCGCGCCCGCCUUUGGCUCCCUCGGCACAAACACCUUCAUCAAGGCCUCCUUCGCCUUCGUCAUCGUGCCCACGCUCGUCAUCGGCGUCAUCUAUGCCAACGUCACCGCAAAGUUCAUCUACUUCCGCAUCAUGGGCAAGUCGCGCCACGCCCACUCCAACACCGUCAUCGGCUGGGGCGUGUGGAUCGGCGUCAUGGUCGUCAUCUGGGUCAUCGCCUUCAUCUUCUCCGAAGUCAUCCCCUCCAUGGGCGACUUCCUCUCCCUCCUCGGCGCCGCCUUUGACUCCUUCUUCGGCUUCAUCUUCUUCGCCAUCGCCUACUGGCAACUGCACCGCGGCCAGUUCUUCAACGGCGCCCUCCGCUCCGUCAACUCCGUCGUCCACAUCAUCGUCAUGGGCGUCGGUCUCUUCCUUCUCGGCCCGGGCCUGUAUGCCGCCUGCGAGGCCAUCAUUGCCGCCUACUCCGCUCCCGGCGUCACCCCGGCCUUCACCUGCUCGGCCAACUCGAUCCUGCUUCCGGGCGCGCCGAAGUAUGUCUACUAGAUGGAAGAUAUGUGCACGCGAAAGUUGCUUCUCAAGCACCGCGUCGAAUGUGAAGGAAGGAAAUUUGAUAUAUACCCUAUGUACUUACAGUUGACCUGAACCGAAUGCAAAAAAAGUUCAAAACGCUCACGAUCCCCUUACAUCUCACCUCUCCAACAUUCAUAAUACAAUGUGACAUCUACCCCCCGGUCCCCCUCCAAGCA